AUGUUUUUCAAAAAGCAAAUACCAAUAGAUAUUUUUUUAGAAAUCAUAGCAUUUCUUUCUAAUGACAGACUAUGGUUAUUUACUUUAACUGAUAAUGUUGUAAUUGCAGACUCAGCUUUAAAUCAUUUAUUUGGUUCUGUGGUUUUGUUUGAUCAACGUCUUGAAGAUUAUGAAAAAUCAGUACUUCAGCUGUUUGCAGAUUCUUUAGAUGGAGUUCUAGUCAAUUUUAUUGAUGUAAAGUUACUUCGUUUACACCUUCAAGUUUCAAAGCAUUUCGUUUUAUCAUUUGGGAGGUCGUUUGGAAAAAAAAGACAACUCAAAAUUUUAAGUAGUAUUACAUCAGAUAUGAAAAGUAUUAAGGUAUUUAAAUUAAAAAAUAUUUAUAAUUUGGGAAGUCAAACAACAAACUUUAAUGAUUUUAUAAAUGGGUUUUUAAUUCAAAACUCAAAUACUUUACAAUCUUUUCAAAUCUCUGCCACAGAUAAUUGCUCUGAAUUUUCUUUUAUAAAAAAAUUGCCCCCUUCGUUAAACUUAGAAAAAUUUGGCUUAUCUUUUCAAGAAUAUGAGGAAUCUGAUACUUCGUAUCAAAAAUCUACAUUCAUAAAUGAUCUUGUUAAAAAACAGAUUCAUUUAAAAUUAACGCAUUUAAAUUUGUUAGCGAUAAACUCUGAAGAAAAUUCGUCAACCAUUUUCAAUCAAUUUGAUAAAUUUGUGGAAGUAAAAUUUUUAACAUUUUUAAAUCUCUCUUUAAACAAUUUAACAUCAGUUCCAACUCUCUCAUAUUUGGUUAAUUUGAAAAAGUUGGUUUUUCAGAUGAAUGAUAUCCAGAAAAUUGAAAACUUAAACGGCUUGAUUAAUUUGGAAAUCUUAGAUUUAUCAAAAAACCAAAUUCAAAACAUAGAAAAUUUAAGCAGCUUAAUCAAUUUAAGAAAAUUAAAAUUGGACCAAAAUGAAAUCAAAGAAAUUAAAAAUAUAGACAGUUUGACAAAGUUGAAACAUUUAAAUUUGUCUUUAAAUGAAUUGGAAAAAAUAAAAGGAUUGGAAAGUUUAGUUGCACUAACCUAUUUGGACUUAUCACGUAAUGAAUUAGUACUGAUAGAAAAUUUAUUAAAUUUAAAACUGCUUACAUAUUUAAACCUUGAGUCUAAUCAGAUAUCAGAUGUAAGUGAAAUUUCAUUACUUGAAAAUAUUGUUUAUUUAAAUUUAUCUUCCAAUAAAAUUGAAGAAAUUUCAGAUUUAUUCAAGUUGAAAAACCUUAGAAAAUUGGAUUUAUGCUCCAAUGAAAUCAAAGACACAUCCAAAUUUAAUUUAUUUCAGAAUCUUCAAUCAUUAAAUCUCUCGAUGAACAAAAUUGAUACAUUUUUGGUAGAUUUGGAUACAAAGUUAUCUACAUUAAAAUAUCUUAAAUUGAAUAGUAAUAAUAUAAACGCUGUUCAAAAUAUUAAAGAAUUAUUUGAUUUAGAAUCAUUAGAAUUAGAUGGAAACAAAAUAACCGAAUUUAGUGAUGAAUAUGCCUCAUUAAAAAAGUUGAAAAAUUUAUCAUUGAGUUCCAAUUUAAUUGAAAAAUACAAAUCAAAUGAGAUUUUUGAGAGUCUUAAAACUUUGGAUCUAAACCACAAUUUGUUGAAAGACUUUGUGAUUAAAAAUGGAUGUUUCCCUAAUAUAAUUAACUUAUUUCUUUUUUCCAACAACCUUGAGGGUAUAAAGUUUGUUGAUAGUGUUAAAGAGUGUGAUUUUUGGUUAGAUCUUGAGAUUUUGGAUUUGGGUAAUAAUUCAAUAAAAGAUCUCUUAUGGACCAAAGAUAUUCCUGCUUCAAUACGGAAUAAAAUCGACUUAUCUGGAAAUACGGUUGAAGCAGAAACCUGUUGA